AUGUUCGGGGGAAUCGAGUUCGACCUGAUUCCAGCGCUUACAUGCGAUGGAGGCGGGUCCACCAAGGCUCGGCGUGUUGAAAAGACGGGCAACGCGUGGCUGUGCGGCGAGCUCAUCCUGCGCGGCGAGCGCCGCGGCCUCGCCGCGCUGCCGCCCGAGCUCUGGGCAAAAACCACCGCGCAGCAGAUCAUAUUGUCGGGCAACCGGCUGGCGGCGCUGCCGCCAGACGUCGGCCGCCUGCGGGAGCUGCGGGUGCUGCUGCUGGGCGGCAACAGGAUGACGGAGCUGCCGCGGGAGAUCUGUGAUCUGGCAAAGCUGCAGCGCCUGGAGCUGCAGGACAACCUGCUCGAUUCAGUGCCGGCCGGCCUGGCAAAGCUUGUUGAACUGAGGGUCGUUAAUCUCGAUGACAACCCCCUGGCGGGGCGCCUCGAGGGCGGCGGGCCGACACUGCUCGAGGUCUGGCUCGGGCCGGGCUGCGCAGCGGGCGGCUGCGGCGCCGGCGACGGAGGGGACGGCGCGGCCCCCGUCGGCAGCAAAGCGCAGCAGGCUGACCGCAGCAGUGCGGAUGGCGACAAUGGCCACCACGCGGGCGGGCGGGAGGCGCUCGAAACGAGCGGCGCCGCCCCGCGCGUCGGCGGCACGCUCUCCGCCCGCCGCCGCGCCGCGGCCGCGGCGGCCGCCGCGGCCGACGAGCUGCGGCGGCGGACGCAGCGGCUGCUGCGGCACCUGUCGGCGCUGCUGGGCCCGGAGGAGGCGCUGGCGGCGAAGCAGGCCAAGCUGGCGCUGCUGCAGCGGGAGGCGCGCGCCCGGGUUGAGCGGCUGGUCAGGGUCGCAGACGAUGGGGUGCUCGCGGCAUGCCUGGAGAUUGUCAGGGACGCAGGGCUGGAGGAGGGCGAGGCGGCGCGCAUCGAGGCCGCCAGAGUGGCGGCGGCGCGGCUGGCGGCGGCGGUGGGAGGGGGGGAUCGAGCCGAGCUGCAGGCUGCGCUGCGGGGCUUUGAGGAGCUCUGCAAGCCAGGCCGUGCCGGCGGGCCCCUCUACAAGGAAGCUGCCCACAAGCUGCGGGCACUGGUUAGGGCCGACCUCCAGAGGGGCUGGCGACAUGUGCAGCAGCAGCAGCAGCAGCAGCAGCAGCAACAUCAGCAGCAGCAGCAACAGCAGCAGCAGCAAUUCGAAGGCGGCUUCGGCGGCGGCGACGGGCGGGCAGCGGCACUGAGAAUCUCGUUCGGCGAGGGAGAACAGGCGAGCGGCGGCGGCGGCGGCGGCGGCGGCGGCAGCGGUGCAGAAGCGGGCGGGGCUGGCGCGGAAGCGGACGGGCAGAGGCGCGUGUUUUUGACAGCCCAGGAAAUCAGGCGGCGAGAGCUGCUGGCUGCGGGCGGCAAGACGUAUGAGGAUUGGGCGGCCGCCAAGAGGGAGCAGGCGGAGCGGCGCGCCAGGGACCGGGAGGCUGCCAUCGCGGCGGGGCGGCGCGCCAAACGGGAGGCGGCGGCGCUGCGUGGCGACAGGGCCGUCGCAAUGUGCGAGCUGGAGCAUGCGUGGCCGAGCCGCAUCGUCGAGGCAUACCCGCGCGGGACGUUCUCGGGGCGCUAA